CACACAACCCCCAUCUCGUUGAGUGACAAAGCGGCCAACUCUCUCUUUGUCUGUGUCUCUCUCUCAUCGUCGCCAUCAAUGAUCAAACCAAAAGAAAAUUAUAAAACCAUAAAAGGGGAAAGGUGAGGAGAAAAGUAAAAUCCUUGCAACCCCAGAACCAGAUUCAAAGUCCUAAAGCAAGCCCCGGGCUGCCUGGUAAGAACCCGAAAAGCAAAGUUUGAACCGAAGAAAAAAUCCAUGGAGAAAGCGAAUGAGGUUUAGAGAGUAAGGGGGAGAGCCAGCCACAAUUUUUCAUUUCUCUCUCUCUCCGCCCACCCUGUGUUUUGCAGCUUUCUGGAAUGUUCUUUUUGGAAUUAACCCUAGAAGAAGCUUCUUCUUUCAGGGAUAAACAGUGAUGCUACAAAAAUGGGGAAGAAGGGAAGUUGGCUUUCUGCUAUCAAAAGGGUUUUCAUACCCAACUCUAGAGAGAAGCCAGUGAAUGGAUCAGAGAAGAAAAGUAGCAAGGAAAAGAAGAAGGGACGAGGAAUAUUGAGAUAUGGAGAGACAAAAUCAUUCAUUCCCCUCUUCAAGGAACCAAGCAGUAUUGAGCAAAUACUGGGGGAAGCGGAUCAACAGAAAUUACUUGUUAGGCCCCCAACACCUGUUGAGCAACAAAAAACACUACCUUUGUUGCUCCCUGCUCCUGGAGGUGCUUCUCCCAGGGAUACUUCUCCCAGAGCUGCUUCUCCAAGGCCUCCAUCCCCUAAGGCUACUUCUUCGAAAGCUCUUCGCCAAAAGGAAGUUAAAUAUAGGCCAGAACCAACUCUAAAAUACCGUCAUCUUUCGGCCAUAAAGAUCCAAGCAGCCUAUAGAGGUUACAUGGCAAGAAAGAGAUUCAGAGCCUUGAGGGGUCUUGUAAGGCUUCAAGGAGUGGUGAGAGGCCAGAAUGUGAAGCGACAGACCACGAACGCCAUGAAAAUGAUGCAACUCUUAGUGCGUGUCCAAACUCAAAUUCAAUCGCGCAGGAUCCAGAUGUUAGAAAACCAGGCACUCCAACAACAAGCUUACAAGAAUGACAAGGAAUUGGACGGCAGCUUGAGCAAAUGGACUGUAAACCAGUCUGAGGCCGGUCAACAUGACGAUUGGGAUGAUAGCUUGCUGACAAAAGAGGAAAUGGAGGCCCGGAUGCAGAGGAAGGUGGAAGCACUCUUCAAGAGAGAAAGGGCAAUGGCCUAUGCAUAUUCCCACCAGUUGUGGAAAGCCAAUCCUAAGUCAGCUGAAGCAUCAGUGAUGGACAUCCGGUCCGGUGGAUUUCCCUGGUGGUGGAACUGGUUGGAUCGCCAGCUGCCUCACGCAAAUCCGUCUGAAAACCAAACCAUCAAGAGUUUCCAUCCGACUCCUUCAAGGGCAGCCCUAGAGCCAAAACUGAGCCCUCGACCUGCAUCUGGAAACUACAAGCUGCCGAAUAUGGGGCUUGAUAAUCUUGAAGUCAUGACGCCAACAUCGACAAGAUCAGCUGCGCCCCUAAGAAGUAAGCACCUGUAUACCGCUUCAAAUAGAACACCGCCUAGAAACAGCUCAGGUCUGAUGAAGUACUCGAAGCCAAGAACUAGUAGCGUUGCUGAGUCUGCUUUCGACAUGCACCUGAAGGAUGACGACAGCCUCAUGAGCUGCCCGCCAUUCUCUGUUCCAAACUACAUGACACCAACUGUUUCAGCAAAAGCUAAAGUGCGACCAAGCAGCAACCCAAAGGAGAGGUUCCCGGGAACUCCAAGUGGCGAUUCCAAGAGGAGGUUUUCGUUCCCUCUGACACCUAACAUCACUUCUUUCAAGUGGAACAAAGGCCCCAACAAGGACUCGACUCCAAUGAAAGCGCUGGAGAAGCGCCAGUCACUGCCAUCGAUAGGAGAUGCAAGCAUUGAUUCGACAAUUUCUAUGCCUGCUGCAGUUGGGAGGAAACCAUUUAACCGGUUUGUGUGAUUUGAGUUUUCCUUUCAUUUUGUUUCCCAAUUUUUAGCCUAUCUUCCUUUAUAUAUUGCAUUGAGCUUUCUCUGAUUAUGAUGAUUUUUUCUUUUCCCCUACUGAGUGCUUGUUGAUAUUGUGAUGAAUUACUACAAAAUACUGAUGUAUAAUAAUGAAGGAAAUAGUAGGAAAUAUGCUGGUUUGGAUGGGAGAGGAUUUGAUUGAGCUUUUGAAGAA